AUGAUCGCCACGUCGUUGGUAGAGGGAGCUUUGGUGGGCCUUGUGCUCCAGCUUUCCGGCUUCGCAAACGCCCAAUCGAAACGUGCCUGGGAAUUAUCAGAUGCACCUUCGCCGGAGAUCUUCCUACGUCGAACACAAGCAAGAGUCGCGGUACUCGGCGGCUAUGCCUACAUCGACGGCGGCGAGGUCUCUCAGCUCGACGCGAGAGGCAAUCCUAUAGGGCCGCGAAGCUCCAACGGAGUCAACUCAACCUUAUCGAUCGACUUGUCCACAUCAUGGUCCGCAUCCAACGUUAGAAUCAGGGAGCUACCCAAAGAGCCGAAAGCUACGGACCUUCAGGCGCUAUGGAUAAAUGAAGCGACCAACACAUUCUGGAUUUGGGGUGGACACAGACCAUAUGGCGACGCAAUAGAUGAGCCAACGUCCUGGAAGUUUGAAGCGGACGGCAAAGGAGGUGGCCUUUGGUCAAAGGAGACGCCAGCGAAUCCCACUCUAUUUCAGGAACUGCGACGGAAUGAAGACGGUGCAUUUGCUAGCACCACUGACGCCGGAUUCUGGUUCGGAGGACAAUCCUCGGGCUGGACGACCUCGAACCCUUACUCGCAGCCUGUUCCCGGCAUUCUCUCCUACAACAUGACCACCAAGUCCUGGACUAACGAGACGAGCGACGCGUUCUCUAAAUACGGCACAUUGACAGGGGGCGCUGCGAUAUACAUCCCUACUUUCGGUCCAAACGGUCUUAUCACGAUAAUGGGCGGCGCGACAUGGGGCCUCGAACCUGAUCAGAAGAAACCCAUCGGGUGGCAAGAUUUCAGCAACUUGACCUUCAUGGAUCCAGUGACGAAAGACUGGUACUGGCAGAAGACAACUGGGAACGCGCCUACUCCACGCAGAAAUUUGUGCAGUGUUGGAGUGGAAGGCAACAACGGAACCUACGAAAUCUUUGUGUUCGGCGGUACCAACACUGAAUCCGGCUCAACUUACGACGACGUCUUUGUGCUAAGCCUUCCGGGCUUCUUUUGGACUCAAGUGCCGUAUGAAUCGAAAAACCCGAGGAGGAGCCAUUGCUGUGCAGUAGUCGGCCGCCGUCAAAUGCUGUCAGUUGGAGGAGUGGAUGGAAAGACGGGAUAUUCAAGUGCCGACCCCUGGCCACAAGGGCUGGGCCUCUUUGAUAUGACGGACUGGACCUGGAAGACCGACUAUGAUGCAGGGGCAAAAGAGUACGAAAGCGCAAAAACAGUUAACGAGUGGUACCAGGCAACUGGGGUCAGCUCUGUUCAAUGGUCAUCCAACGAAAUUCAGGCUCUUUUCAGAAAAUCCAACUCGACCAUUACGGGAGGAACCAGCCAAGAUCCAUCAGAGAAGAAAGAUUCCAAAGGGUCUCUUCCAAUAGCUGCCAUUGUCGGGGCCGUUGUUGGAGCCGUUGUUGGCGGGUUCAUUGGUAUUGCUCUAUUCUGCUUCAUUCGACGUAGAAAGCAUAAGAAAACUGAGGGAGCUAUUAUUCCGCUUGCUCCUGACCAUGCAAGAAGCGAUGGAUCAUACACACAGGCUUACUACCACCCUCUGGCCCCAGGGGAGCUGCAUUCGGAUGUGCCACAACUGGAAUUGUACGGUGGACCCAUACCAAAGCAUGAAAUGUGGGCAGAGGUGCCAAAGCCCGAGAUGGCUGCUACGGGAGUUCAUCAUUACACCGUUACGGAGCUCGAUGCCCAACACGCGCUGUUGGGAAGUGAAAAUAGAGAUCAAUCCAAAUACAGACUUGAUCUGCGAUAG